AUGGAGAAUACUUCAAGAGCAAACAUGCCCUUCACACUGGAUACUGAGGUCUCCAUCGUCUGUUGCCGCUCUGGCGAAUCGUACCGGAACUCUUCCCUCGUUCAAGCAUCACUUCCUGGACAAGUAACACAUAUGGCUAUAGAGGGAUUUGAAGAUCAUGCUGGAGAUGGCAUUUUCGACAACCGAAGGCGAGGACAGGACGUGUCAUACGCUAGUGCGUCAGGAAGAGCUGUAGACCGCAAUGUUGAUGUACGGAGCCGUCCAACACGCUACUCUCAAAUGGGAGCCCAUAAACCUCAGACAUCAUUGGCACAGCCUCAACCUACGGGCCAAACGACCUACCUCUAUCGUGAUCCAUAUAAGCCUCUGUCCGUUCCAUCGCAACAUGUUUACCCUCCACCAGAAUCUCAGAACAGGAUGACCCCUGUCGAACCGACUUGCACGGUUAGACGACGAACUUGUCAAACCCUCUUAUACCGGCUAUUCCGGGUGUUACUGUUUCUCUUUGCGGGGUCACUCCUAAUCAUUGCCUCAAACGGCGCACUUUACUACCAAUACACCUACCGUUCCCUACCUUCUCCUGUACCUCUCGGCUGCCCCGACAUCCAUCUUGACGUCAAUCAUUGCCACGCCCCAAUGGCCCUCGUUCGAUGUACAAACCACAUCCAGAACGCACGUAACUGGACAUCCAACACCGACAUCGAUCUUGCGAUCGUAGCAGCGGCCAGUAACGGUCGCUUUCCUGGUCAGAAGUCCAUUGCCGAACGCCUCGAUGAUCAGAUGGAAUGGGCCGGCCACACGUAUGACAACGCUACGAUUCUUAUUCAAAAGCACAAAUUGUUCUCGAAGAAUGUUGCAAAGAUCAUGACCAAGGCUCAGCGUCAGCUUGCCAUGGCUCCGGCACCAACAUACUGGGACCGAUAUCCCGUUCUUGAGCUAAUGUACGAAUCUACGUUUGGUCACUUCUUCCCAUCGUCAUACCAAUCGACGAUACCUUCUCAGAUCCUUCUAACCGCGGGCAACCACAUCCUCGAUCUCUAUGGAAACUUCACCUCGGACACACGCUGGGAUUACUUUGCACAUGCCGCAAUUACGUUCCAUCAAACCAUUGUCAACUCGGAGAAUGCAGCACACAAUGCAUGGGCCAAUCCGAACCUUAUCAAGCCUGGUAUCUGUGAUCAAGCUGGAAAAAGUAACGGAUGCUUCGCCUUUGAGCUUGCGGCAAUCGACACAAACAGACCUGAGUGGCCAGCCAUCAUGAGGUUCUUCCGGGAAUCAACUGAGCUCCGAAAUGGACACGCAGCGGAUAUGGAGAUCUCGAAGAAGUUCCGCGCGAUACAGAUGGAUGCAGUGGCUCGGCUUCGUGCUACACUUGAGCGAGAUAUCUAUCGCCUCGCGAAAGAAGACAAGGAAAGGGUUCUGGGCAAAGCGUGGACAGUUAUUGGGGUCGGAACGAGAGUGUUCGACUUUGAGGAUGAGGAAAGCGUAGAUGCUAUGCGGGUUUUGGAGCUCUUGGGUUUGUAUACACGCACCGGUGUGGAUAUAGGGGCGUCACUGGAGGGGAAGGAUUAG